AUGUCUUUUGACGGUUGUGACGACUGUCACCAACCCUCUACGACCCCAUACAAGCCUGAUCCGCAACUCUACGCCCAGGGAGACAUAUGCGCAAUCUUCGAGAGCCCAUCAGUACCCGUCUACCUGAUCUUGACUGGGGCCCCUCCACGCAGUCGAUCAACGUCUAGGAUUCCUCAGAGUACCGGUUCUCUGAUGCACAAGCUGAAGGAGGCCGUCACUGGUCGGACGAGCUCACAAUCGAACCGCUCGACAGGUUCAUCCGACGCGAACCCGAGGCCAGCACUGAUCCUCCAAAAUGUGAUCUUACCGUGCGAGGAAGGCGAGAUGACGGUGACGGUAUGCCUCUUAGCCACAUUCAAUUCCACUGUCGCUCGCGAAGACCUUCCAUUGGUCCUACGCCACUUCUGCAUACCGGUUUCCCCUCACCCCCUUGCCACUGGCGAUGAGUGGCACAUCCACACGAUGCCACAAUGGGAGAAGUCGGACACGUGGAUCAUCGCGAUACCCUUCGAGUCCAAGAUGAAACACAUCCCGGAGAGAUGGAAGGACAGGCGUAGGGAGGCCAAACCAGACGGCUCCUUCAAGCUCAGUCUGCAGGCAACGGCGGAUUUGCUGACCGAAUGCGAGAAAAGGGCACAGGAGUGGGAUAGACAGUGUCAGGAGGAAGGUCAAACCCUCGCUAGUGAUGCCUUGAAAGACUACGAUGAACACGCCAAGAAAGCCGCCGCCCUAAAGGUCGCCGAGCAUGCAUUACCCCAAGGCGUCUCGAUGGAGUCGUUGGAGGGUGACGUACAAGAACUUCGGACCCAGACCGUAAGGCCCCUGUCACCAUCACUCGUCGGUCCGUCGACAUCCUCCCAACGGAGUUCAAUGGCGGAAAGCGCACGUCCAAAGAGGAUCCCCGCAUACAAGAAGAUCGUGGUCAAGUUGCCGGCCACGAUCAAGAAGCUCACGGGCUCUAAUAGCAGCAUCGCCGGGGCGUCCAAUGGGAGUGGGCGCACCAAGGAGAAGUAG